ACAAUUUUGGUGGACCUGGCAACCCUGCAGCCGCAGAGCUGAGCUACAGUUACAGCUGGGUUAGGACUCUUCAGCGCUACAGGGGAAGAAGUGAUGGUUUAAAAAUGCUGUAAACGUUUACCUACAUAUAGUUUUGUCACUGUAGGUCAGUUUUCCGGGGAAUAUAAGGUUUAGGAAGGUUUAUUUUCUCUCUAAAGAUCUCUGAGCUCUGACCACAAAAGCCCCUUCCUGUUCCCUGAGAGAGCUGUGAUGAGGCAUCUGACGUUGAUGGAAGUUUUGAAAUGCUGCAGAAUGAGAAGAGAAAACUGACCAGACUGUAAAGAGUCAGGACAAUGUCAGAAUUCCCACACAGUCACACCAUGAACGCUGUCUGCAAAAGCUCGGAUAAAGAACAGAACCGGCGUCGUCCACAGCCAAGGAAGGGCUUGGAAAGAAAGAAAUCAGCCUUGGCAUUGGCUGCAGUGCUGGAAAAGACAAAGGAGUUUUUCCAGAUCUGUGACAGCGAGGGGAAAGGCUACAUAACAAGCACUGACAUGAGGAGAUUACACAGAGAGCUACCACUCUCUGCAGAUGAACUGGAAGAUGUCUUUGACUCACUGGACACAGAUAGAAAUGGCUACCUCACUCUAGGAGAGUUCUCCUCUGGAUUCAGUGAUUUUUUGCAUGGGCGUAGAGUGAGUGAAGUGGAGGAUCAGAUCUCAGGAGUCUUACCCAAAGUUCCAGAAGCCCUGUAUCAGGAUGAAGCACAAUCUGCGAAUGAGGAUGAUGAGGAGAGCCACUUCAGUAUGUUGAUGGAAAGCCUGGGUGCUAGCAAUGUGCUGGAGGAACCCAGUGAAGUACGCGGUCUGUGGGCUCAGCUAAGAAAAGACGAGCCUCACCUGCUAUACAACUUUGAAGAAUUCCUGGCCCGAGUCACAGCCCAAAUCAGAGCAGCCCAACAAGAGGGGAAGGAGAUGGAAAGUGCUCUCAGAAAGAAGGCUGCAACACAUGAUAGUGAAAUCCAGCGGCUGUAUGAGGAAAUGGAGCAACAGAUGAAAAAGGAAAAAGAUCAACUGCUUUUAAAAGACUCGGAGCGUCUGCAACUACGCAGCCAAGACCUACAGCAGCAGCUGAGCAGCAAAGAGCAAGAGCUUGAGCAGCUCUUCCUCAAACAAAGAGGGUUGGAGCAUCGGUAUCGAGAGCUACACAGUGAGCAGCAGGAGAGUCGGGUGGAGAAUAUAAAGCUGAAAAUGACCAAUGAGGAACUCUCUCACGAGCUGGAGAACACCUGUCAGGAGCUCUCAUUGGCUCAAGAACAGCUGGCUAUUCUGCAGGAGAAGGCCACCAGGCUACAGCAAGAAAGAGAAAUGGAGAUGUACAGAAUCACAGAGGGACUGCAGAGAGAGAAACAAAGCUUAAUGAAGCAAUUAGACCUCCUCAGAGAAAUGAAUAAACAUUUAAGAGAUGAGCGAGAUGUCAGCUCUUUAAAACGCAACAGCUCGUUGAAGAGACUCACCCGUAAACAGCGACCAUCCUCAACGUUGUUGAAAAAUUCUGCAAAAAGUGAGGAUAAAGCUGAAGAACCGGCCCAAACUCCAGACCAGAAGCCUUCAACCACAGUGAACGGCUAUGGCCCACACACAGCCUCAGGGUCUCAGCAGAAUGCAGACCCAGGCACAGUGGCAGCAAAUUCAGGCCAAGAUUUGGUGGAUGCUCCACCAGAGGGUUGGCCUUUGCGUCGGGUCAUUUCCAUUGAGGAGGACCACCUCCCACACCUGCUGCAAGGGGACCCUCAUCCUCUAAUUCAUCAGCUGAGUGAGGAAGAGAAGGAACGAGGGGAGGAAGAUGCUCAAAUAGAACUGAACAUGAGCCCCAUCUAUUCCUCAAAUGCUUUCCUAGCCUCUUCUCAUUCACCUCGGUCUUCCCCCGUGAAGAAGAUCUUCUCGAAACAGAAGAGAGGGAAAGGGGGUGUGCCCUCCUCACCCAGGGGCCAGCCAGUAGGCAAAGAGACUUUGCAGAAGGGUCCACCUGAGGGGACUGUGGCCACCCCAGAACGCCUCUUUAAGGUUAUUUUAGUGGGCAACUCAAGUGUGGGCAAGACAGCUUUUCUGCGCCGCUUCUGUGAUGGCCAUUUCCAUGCAACAACAACAGCUACUGUGGGUAUUGAUUACAGCGUUCGUACUCUGAAUCUGGGAAAUAGUCAUGUGGCUCUUCAGCUGUGGGACACUGCAGGUCAGGAGAGGUAUCGAAGUAUUACUAAGCAGUUUUUCCGCAAGGCUGAUGGGGUGGUGGUGCUCUACGAUGUAACCAUGCAAAGCAGCUUUAGGUCAGUGCACCCCUGGCUUGUCAGCAUACAGGAAGCAGUAGGGGAUCCCAUUCCUAUCAUGCUACUUGGCAAUAAAUCAGACAUGGAGAGUAUAAGACAGGUGCCGACUAAAGAGGCAAAAAGACUGGCUGAGGAAACCAAUUUAAUGUUCUAUGAGUGCAGUGCUUACACAGGAUACAAUGUGCUAGAGGCCAUGUUACACCUGGCCAGGGUAUUGAGGGAGCAAGAGGACAGGGUGUGGGAGAACACAGUGCGACUGGUGGAUCAGCCAGUGAAGAAGAAAUCCUGCUGCAAGUGAUCGCACAUGCACACACAAAGACUGUAUGCCUGUAUUUGUGAGGUCUUUUCAUUGACCUCUGGACUACUCUACUUAAAUGCUGCUCUGCCUACAAAUACAUAUAACCCCAAACCUGAACCUAGACCUUUUAACCCCUUAUAUAAAAGCUACUUUUUUGGGGGAAAAGCCCAAAUAUAUAUAUAUAUAUAUAUAUAUAUAUAUAUAUAUAUAUAUAUAUACAUAUAUACACAUCUGCUGCUGUGAGGAGCUCAGCUCUAUUGUAUAAUGACCUCUGAAGAGCACACAUGAUCAUGAAUUCUACAUACUUAUAAAAGACAAUGAUUUAGAUGCUUAACCCCUAAAAUCCUGUAUGUAUGCCCACACAAUAAUCCCCCAAUAAUCACACAGCUGUCAUAAUUAUCACAGGUUCUAUAGACCCCACAACUGACCCCUGUGGAACUCUGCAAAACUUGCAUGCAAAAUAUACAUCCGCAGUUGUUUCUGCAUUUGGAUUUAUAUAGUAAAUUAUAAAUAUAAUAAAUAAUAAUAAUUAUAAAUAUGAGGUUCUAGGGGUUAACUAGGGGUUAACAGACUGAGAAGAUUUUUACACACACGCGCACACAAAAAAAACUCAAACAUAGUUAUGAGAAGUUUUGUUUUCUUUGGAUCAAACUUUUAAGUGCAGAUUUUUUUUCUGUUAAAGAUUGAUUUAUUUAUUUUCUUUAUAAUGAAAUAUCAAACUAAGGCCAAAUCAGAAAAUGUUGUUACAAUAUGGAAAAUGCAAAAAAAAAGAAAAUAAAUAAUAAAAAAAAUAAACCCAGAGUAUUUAUUACAUUUACUUUGACUUAUAUUUAACUGCGGACAGUAUGAACCCAAGAUAUUUCAAGUUUGUUCUUGCCAACGUUUUAUUUGUUAAUAUAAAAGUUAGGAUGGUAAAGCAUUUAUCAAUUUGUAAAUUUGGCGUUUUGGUACUGAGUACCAAUUUAAAAAAAAAAGUCUUGCAAAAGGCGUGCAACAGUCUGGGGUCACCUUUUCACAUUUUUCAUUUAAAAAAGUUUAUAUAUAUUUAAUUAUAUUUAUAUAUCAUUUUCUGUAUAUAAAAAAGAACUGGAAUACUGAUUUGUUUGACAACAUUUAGUUAACACAAAGUUUUACAUAGAAGGAUGUUUUUUUUCAUGUCCAGACCUGAAAUUAAGUUGAUCAGACAAACGUGGAUGACAUUGGGUUCAUACUGUCUACAGUGAAACAAAAGUCUAAAUAAAUGUAAAAAUGGUUCAUUUUUGUAUGCAUUUUCCUUAGUGUUGCACUUUUUUCAUUUGGGGUUGCAAAUGUAUUAAUAAUGAGUUGUAAAAAAUUUUUUUCUUUCAAAAUUCUGUGCACAAAUAUUAACAUAAUAUUGUUGUGUGAUUUAAAAAUAUAUAAAAAAAUGGGUUCAGUUUUAGUUAAAAAAAAAACUUAUAAUAAAUUAAUCUUGUAAUAAUUAAGUAAAUAGACUAGAAACAGGCAUAGUUUAUUCAUCUCUGAUUUAUUUACCACUUCCAGCCCCUGAAAUUCCAAGGAACAUAACAAUUACUGCCUAAUUAAUGUUAAAAUUAUGCCUCAAACCAAAAAAAAGCUUCAAAUCAAUUAUAUGAUUCUUGAAAAAUAGUAUCUUAACUCAAUAAAAGCAACAAUUCAGAAAGCAUGCCAGCCACAAUAUCAAACCAUCCAACCACCAAGCAUUUAACAAAAUGAACAAUUAACUACAUGUAAUUAUGAGGAAUAAGUUAAAUUAUUUUAAAUGAUUUUAAAAUAAAUAAUUCAAUGUCUUGCUCUUAAAUACUCAUCUUUGUCCAUGCUGAUAAAAUAAACAUUCUUUAAAGUCUUAA